GCGUCUCAACCAACUCCCGAGAGGACGAUCGACCUGACAGCUCGGAUGUCGAUACCUUCUCAUGCAUCGGAUACAAGGACACCUCCAUCAACACUGGCGCCGGAAGAGAUGGCAACACCUGAGGAGGGUCUAACAUUUACUCACGGAGACAAUGUGGAUGAAUCCAUUAUACCAAAGGUGGGAAUGUUCUUUCCAGCAGAGGAGGAUGCGUAUGAGUUCUACAAACGGUAUGCAAAGGAGGCUGGAUUUGGAAUAAGGUGGGACAGGACUAAGAAAACAAUUAGGGAAAUAUCAUGCUCAUUGGCAGGGAAGUGGCAGUACUUCAAGCCAGGGGAAACAAGGAAGCGGAACAAGUUCUCUAAAAAAACAGGGUGCAAAGUAUACAUGAAGCUGAAGGAAGUGGAGAAUGAGGACAGAGAGUAUGAUGGCAAGGUGAUGGUGGAGAAUAUUAGGCUGUUACACAACCAUCCGUUAGCGAAAACACCAACAGUAACAAACCAGAUGGAGUGUCACAAGCAUAAGGAUGAGACGGUGAUGGAGCUUGUGGACGAACUAAAUACAAGCAAUGUGCCAAUCAACUGUACGAUAAAUAUGCUGAGCGAGAUGCAUGGGGGAGAGCAGAACGUCCCACUAACAGCACGUGACAUAGGUAACAGGAAAGCAGGUAAGACGCGGGAGGAGAAUGCAGAUGACAUAGGGAAAUUGAUUGAAUUUUUCCGUUACUGUCACGAACAAAAUCCACAGUUUUACUGGGACGUUGAUUGUGAUAAAGAUGGAUACAUCAAGAACAUGUUUUGGAGCCAUGCAAGCAUGCAGGGGGACUAUGCGGACUUUGGUGCCAAUGAUGCAAUGACCUUUGACACAACGUAUAAGACAAACGCAUAUGAGAUGCCUCUUGCAAUGUUUGUUGGAUCGAACCAUCACAACCAGAACGCUAUAUUUGGGUGCGCACUUCUACGACACGAAACAAUUGAUGCCUUCAGAUGGUUGUUUGGGACAUUCAAGAGGUGCAUGGGAGGGAAAACACCAAGAUGCAUCCUAACAGAUGAAGACCCAUCAAUGAAGGUGGCAAUACCUGAGAUGUUCCCGGGUAUAGUACAUAGGCUGUGCAGAUGGCAUGUGGUAAAUAAAGUGCAGACUAAACUCAAUGAGCUGUACGAGCUGCACAAAGAACUGAAAGAUGUGUUCAAUUCAACCAUCAACCAUCCACUGACACCAACUGAGUUUGAGAGUGCGUGGGCAGAGAUGUUGUCAAGAUUCAAACUGCAAGAUGACCCGACAUUAAGAAGCCUGUACAAUAUAAGGGAAAGGUGGGUAAAGGCAUUCUUCAAGCAUAAAUAUUGUGGAAGGAUGACAUCUACACAACGGAGCGAGAGCACUAACAUGAUGGUUAAAAACAACUUUGUGAACCACACAACUGUGCUCCAUAAAUUUGCCAAGCAAAUGCUGAAGGUUAUCCAAAGGCGGAGAGCGGCCGAGGCCGCAGAGGAAUAUGGUGGCAUGUGCAGAACAGAUGAGAGUGGCUGGGGAUUUGUUGAUCAGCUACGACGGGUGUAUACAAGAAGAGUUUUCGAGCAGGUACAGAGGACAGUGACUUCAGCAACAAGGUACCGAAUUGACGAUGAUCCUGUGGGGGGAAAAAACCACUACCUGGUAUCACACACUAGAAGAACAAACAAAAUAUCAUGGGGUUAACAUCAAUUCAAGGUGUGUGCCGAUAUUGAAUGUCAGAAGUUCACGUGCGAAUGUAGGA